AGGGGCCUGGGGCCGGCGGGGGUGGCCGAGCUGUCCGCGACUCGUGUGCCGUCCGGCGUGUGGCUCGGCAGCCAUGCAGCCCCCGCCCCCGGGCCCGCUCGGCGAGUGCCUGCGGGACUGGGAGGAGCUGCAGCAGGACUUCCAGAGCAUCCAGGAGACCCACCGGUUGUACCGCCUGAAGCUGGAGGAAUUGACCAAGCUGCAAAACAGCUGUACCGGCUCCAUCGCUAGGCAGAAGAAGCGGCUACAGGAUCUGGCCCUAGUCCUGAAGAAAUGCAAGCCCACCCUCCGGUCCGGGGACGCGGUUACCGCGCAGGAUCUAGAGAACCAGAUCAAAGACCGCCAGGGGCUUUUCUUCGACAUGGAAGCAUAUUUACCCAAGCAAAAUGGAUUGUACCUGAGCCUGGUUUUGGGCAAUGUCAACGUGACACUGCUGAGCAAGCAAGCCAAGUUUGCUUACAAAGAUGAGUACGAGAAGUUCAAGCUCUACCUCACCAUUAUCCUCAUCCUCAUCUCCUUCACCUGCCGCUUCCUCCUCAACUCCAGGGUGACAGAUGCUACCUUCAACUUCCUGUUAGUCUGGUACUACUGCACUCUCACCAUCCGGGAAAGCAUCCUCAUCAACAACGGCUCCCGGAUCAAAGGCUGGUGGGUCUUUCAUCAUUACGUGUCCACUUUCUUGUCCGGAGUCAUGUUGACAUGGCCUGAUGGUCUCAUGUACCAGAAGUUCCGGAACCAGUUUUUGUCCUUCUCCAUGUACCAGAGUUUUGUGCAGUUCCUGCAGUACUACUACCAGAGUGGCUGUCUUUAUCGUCUUCGGGCCCUGGGCCAGCGGCACACCAUGGACCUUACAGUGGAGGGCUUCCAGUCGUGGAUGUGGCGGGGCCUCACCUUCCUGCUGCCCUUCCUCUUCUUUGGACAUUUUUGGCAGCUUUUUAACGCGCUGACUUUGUUCAACCUGGCCCGGGACCCCGAGUGCAAGGAGUGGCAGGUGCUCAUGUGCGGCUUCCCCUUCCUCCUCCUCUUCCUUGGCAACUUCUUCACCACACUUCGGGUUGUGCGGCAGAAGUUCCACAGUCAGCGGCAGGGCAGCAAGAAGGACUGAGCUCCGCCUGCAUUCCUCUCUGAAGGGCAGGGUCCCCUUGACAAGAUCUGCCCCACCCCCAGGGGUUGUAGAAGAACUGAGCUGCUCCCCAAACUACGGGGAGCUGAGGCUGGAGACUUCAAUAAAGACUGAGACAGAGGUG